AUGUUGAUUUCGAGAAUUCAGUUAUUAAAGCCACUUACUAAACGAUUAUUACACCGUCAAUUAAGUUCAAAAGUCAUUGGUAUUGAUCUAGGUACAACCAACAGUGCUGUGGCAUAUAUUAGAGAUUUCAAUGAUAAAAAAUCAUCAGUAAUAAUUGAAAAUGAUAUGGGAGAAAGAACUACACCCUCUGUCGUAGCUUUUACCAUUCAAAAUCGAGCACGGGGGAAUUCUAGUAAGAGACAGUCUAAGGGUAGCAGUUCAGAUAUUAUAGUAGGGACAAGAGCCAAGAGACAACAAUUGAUUAAUCCUGAAAACACAUUUUUUGCAACUAAGAGACUCAUUGGUAGAACCUUUAGUGAUGAAGAAGUCAAACAUGAUAUUAAGCUGUUACCAUAUAAGAUUGUAAAGAACCCACAUACAGAACAAGCAGCAGUGGUGACAACAGAUGGACAAAUUAAAUCACCCGGUGAAAUUAGUUCAAUAUUACUAAGAUAUCUAAAGAAGACUGCAGAAGAUUACUUAAAUGAGCAAGUUAAACUGGCAGUUAUUACUGUUCCUGCUUAUUUCAAUGAUGCACAAAGACAAGCUACAAAGGAUGCAGGGAAAUUAGCAGGAUUAAAUGUAUUAAGGGUAGUUAACGAACCCACUGCAGCUGCACUAAGUUUUGGUCUUGACACAAUGAAAAAUAAGGAGGAUAGAAAUUUAGUUGCUGUCUAUGAUCUUGGUGGCGGUACAUUUGAUAUAUCAAUUUUAGAUAUCGAAGAUGGGGUCUUUGAGGUCCGUUCCACUAAUGGGGAUACACAUUUAGGUGGUGAAGACUUUGAUAAUGUAAUUGUGAAUUACUUUAUUGAACAAUUUAUAUCACAAAAUAAAGAUAUGCAUAUAGUUCGUGAAGAGAUUAUUAAAGAUAGAGAAUUAAUGCAAAGACUAAAAGAAAAUGCAGAGAGAGUAAAAAUUGAACUAUCCCAUACGAAAGACACUGUUGUUGAAAUUCCAUUCCUUUACAAAAAUUAUCAUUUAAAAUUAUCCAUGAAAGAGGAAGAACUAGAUCAAAUGACGCAACAUCUAAUCGAUAAAACUAUUCCACCAGUAAAAAGAGCUUUAAAGGAUGCUGAUAUAGAACCACAAGAUAUCGAUGAAGUAAUAAUGGUGGGUGGUAUGACAAGAAUGCCACGCAUUAGACAUACGGUAAAAGAACUUUUUGGUGGUAAGACUCCAAACACAAGUGUGAAUCCUGAUGAGACAGUUGCUAUAGGUGCUGCCAUACAAGGUGGGAUAUUAUCUGGAGAGAUUAAGAAUGUUUUAUUGUUGGAUGUCACUCCAUUGACACUUGGUAUUGAAACUUUUGGCGGUACAUUCUCACCACUAAUCCCACGUAAUACCACAGUACCUGUGAAAAAGACAGAGAUCUUCAGUACUGGUGUCGAUAAUCAGACUGGUGUGGAUAUAAAAGUAUACCAAGGUGAAAGAGGUCUAGUAAGAGAUAACAAAUUGAUUGGUGACUUAAAGUUAAGUGGGAUACCACCAAUGCCUAAAGGUACUCCGCAGAUCGCUGUGACUUUUGAUAUUGAUGCAGAUGGGAUAAUCAAUGUCUCUGCCAGUGAAAGAAGUAGUGGCCAAGAGAAAAGCAUAACUGUUAUUGCUAACACUGGUCUCACAGAGGAAGAAAUUCAAAGGCGCGUGGAUGAAGCAAAUGCCAAUAGGGAACAGGAUAAUUUAAUUAGACAGAGAAUGGAAUUAAUGACGAAGGCUGAUAUUAUGGUCAGUGAUGCAGAAAAAUCUUUUAAGCAAUUCAAAAAAUUGAUCUCUAUUGAUCCAGAGUAUAAAAAAUUAAACAAAGAAGUUCAGUAUCUAAGAGAUCAAAUUACCAGAUUCAAAAAGGAUGAAAAUAAUACACUAAUUGAUGUCAAUGAUGUUAAAAAGAGAACUGAUAAGCUACAAGGUAAUGUAUUCAAACUGUUCCAAAGGGUAACAAAUAAGUAA